AUGCGUGAGACUCAACUCGACGCGCUAUUGGCUGGUGCGGUUGUUGCUGCGGAGAAGCGGGCAGGAAGGAAAGGGGCGGGCCGUCAGUGGCGGAGCUCAACCCCGAUUGGUCGCGCAGCGCAGCAAGGAGAGCCGUGCUUGAAGCUCAUUGGCCCUUAUAUGAAGGAGCAGGAGGAAAAAAAAAGCCGCUCGAGCCAGCCGUUCCUCUUCGCCACUUUGUCGCCCUUUUCCUUGGGCCUUCUCCUGGCUGACUGUGAUUCGGCUCCAGGCUCUGCGGAUGAGACUAGAGGGGCCCAGAGCACAGAGCUUAUUCCCAGGAGACCUGUCAGUCGCUCUCCAACCUGUGCCCGCUGCCGCAACCACGGAGUCACGGCCCAUCUCAAGGGCCACAAGCGCCUCUGCCUCUUCCAGGCUUGCGAGUGUCACAAGUGUGUCCUCAUCCUGGAACGUCGGAGAGUCAUGGCUGCCCAGGUGGCCUUGCGUAGGCAGCAGGAAGCACAGCUGAAAAGGCACCUGGCUCAGGGACUGAUGAAAGGGGCAGCGCCUCUGAAAGCUCCCCUUCGUGUCAAGAAGGGAGCCAUCCGGCCAGGGGUCGCUUCUGGAAAGGAGAACAUGGCACCCCAGCCUCAGAGCCCCCAUGGAGCAGUCCCACUGGUACUGACACCCCCUGGGAAGGAGAACUACGGGCCUCUGCUGCUCGGCCGCCCGCCCGAAGCCUUGCCUUUGCCCUGGACUCCGGUGCCUCCUGGGCCUUGGGGCCCUGGGCACUGGCUGCCCCCAGGCCUCUCAAUGCCACCUCCAGUGGUGUGCCGCUUGCUGUGCCAAGAACCUGCUGUUCCUCUGCAUCCUCUCCCUGGCUUUGACCCCGGCACCUCUCUCCGGCUGCCCACUCAUGGGGCCCUCCCAGCCUGCCCAGGAUCUCGCUCAGUACUGACGGCUCCACUCUCUGGAGAGCCCCAAGGACCCCCUAACCUGCCUCACACAUGUUCAACUCUGAUACUCCAGUCCUGUGGUACCCCAGACUCUCUUCUGCUACAGCCACAGGCCCCUGGGGCCUCUUGCCUGGCCUGGACAUCUGGCCCCUCAGAGCGGCAGCUGCAGCGAGAGGCAGCUGAGGCCCUUGUAGGUCUGAAAGAUUCAUCCCAGACUCCCCGCCUAGCCCCAUCCGUCCCCCCAAACCCUGCCUGGAUCUCUCUGCUCCACCCCUGUGGCCCACCAGCUACCCCUGGGGGAAGAGGAUACCAGCCUGCUGGCCCCCCUCUCCGGCCCAGUCCCACUUCCUCUGUCUCUCUGCAUAUUGGGCGCCUGGGAUCCAUCUCCCUCCUGAGCUAGAAAGCAGAGGUGGAAGCUGCCUCACCGAACCAAGAGAUGACAGACUGCAGGCACAGCAUAUUUGGUAUUUUAUUUGAGUUUUGCAUGGAAUUUAACACA